CGCUAAGUCUGAGCGCCAGUCUGCCUGCAGCUUGGUAGCUCCUGCAGCCGCUAGAGGCUUGGUCUGGUCACGACAGUUCCCUCCAAGGCCCGGGGUGGAGCAGGGAGAACCAGAACGGGGUGUCCGGAGAGAGAAAACCAAGGCAGACUUCUGCAGCUUCUGCUGCCUUCACCUUCAGCCCACAAUGUCACUGAGAGUGUACCCGCAGUCUCCCAGAACCCAGGAAGACAUGGCAUUCAACCUGACCAUCCUGUCCCUCACCGAGCUCCUAAGCCUGGGUGGGCUGCUGGGCAAUGGGGUGGCCCUCUGGCUGCUCAACCAGAACGUCUACCGGAACCCCUUCUCCAUCUAUCUCUUGGAUGUGGCCUGUGCUGACCUCAUCUUCCUUUGCUGCCACAUGGUAGCCAUCAUCCCUGAGCUGCUGCCGGACCAGCUGAGCUUCCCAGGCUUCGUACAUAUCAGCCUGGUCAUGCUGCGAUUCUUCUGCUACAUUGUGGGGCUGAGCCUCCUGGCGGCCAUCAGCACGGAGCAGUGCCUGGCCUCUCUCUUCCCCGCCUGGUACCUGUGCCGCCGCCCACGGUACCUGACCACCUGUGUGUGCGCGCUCAUCUGGGUGCUCUGCCUGCUGUUGGACUUGCUGCUGAGCGGGGCCUGCACCCAGUUCUUUGGAUCACCCAGCUACCACCUGUGUGGGGUGCUGUGGCUGGUGGCAGCAGUUCUCCUAGCUGCCUUGUGUUGCGCCAUGUGUGUGACCAGCCUACUCCUGUUGCUGCGGGUGGAGCGUGGUCCAGAGAGGCACCAGCCCCGGGGCUUCCCCACCCUGGUCUUGCUGGCCAUCCUCCUUUUCCUCUUCUGUGGGCUGCCCUUUGGCAUUUUCUGGCUAUCCAAGAACCUGUCCUGGCACACACCCCUCUACUUCUACCACUUCAGCUUUUUCAUGGCCAGCGUGCACAGUGCGGCCAAGCCCGCUAUCUACUUUUUCUUGGGCAGCACACCUGGCCAGAGGCUGCAGGAACCCCUCCGGCUGGUGCUCCAGCGGGCGCUUGGGGAUGAGGCAGAGCUGGGAGCUGGGAGGGAGGCCUCCCAAGGGGGACUUGUGGACAUGACUGUCUAAAGCCCAGUGGGUCACAACUGUAGCUCCAGCCCAUGGGGGGCCAGGGGAACUGCCUGAUAUAGCUAAGAGCCAGGAUCAGAGCUCUAUCAGUAAGACCCUGGAGGAACAUCUUUGCUGAUGACCCAGUCGUGUGUCCCCUGGGAGGAUGCUGGGAAGGGGCAAACAGAGUGAUGUUUCUGCAGAGGGUCUAGGAUUGUGCCUAUUAGGCAAGGGCUCCAGAACCACUCAUGACAGCUGUUUCUACAGCUACCCUUCCCCAACAGCUACAGCAAGGAGAGGGGGCAGGCAACUGUCCCCCACUAUCAGCAUCCUCCUAGCUAUAGAGUGAGGUGAUUUUCUCUGUGUUCCACACUCCCCCCUUUAGUGUGGAAUAAACGACACUGAAAUCGGACACUGGGUUAGGUAUGGGAGAAUAAGUGACUUGGGAGUCCUCAGUGGCUGCACUAUAGCAGAAGGUGCCCUCUGACCCCAUAACACAGCCAGAGAGCAAAGCCUGCCUGGCUUCUGUCAGGGACCAAGAGCAGAGCUGGCACAGUUGCCUGGCAGGCUAUGGCAGGGGGGUUGUAAACCAAGUCCUGCCUGAGCUACAUCUGUAACUCUAGUGUCAGGGUAUCUGUCUCCCUCUCUUGGCUUUUGCAGUCAAAGCAUGCAUGUGGUACACACCACACACACACACACACACACACACACACA